AUGGCGGGCAGCUCAAAGAAACCAGUCAAUAUCUUCAGGUUGAAGCAUCUACCUGAGCCACGAGAGGUCUUCAAUUGGAGACUGUGGUUUGCCGUGACAUCCUUCGGCCUCAUGGGUGCAGCUCGUGGCGUUGAUGAGGGCUUGAUCUCGGGCGCCUUCAAUUCUAAGGAUUUCCAGAAGACCAUCUAUUACAGCUCAUACAGCCUGGUGGAACAGGCAAAUAUCAAAGCCAAUGUGUCUGCUAUGGUCCAGAUUGGCUCUGUUGGUGGUGCGCUCUUCGCAUUCUUAGUUUGUGAUCGCAUUGGCCGUCUCUGGGCGACCCGUCAACUCUGCGUUCUGUGGGUUGUGGGUAUUGCCAUGUUUAUGGGAGCAAAUGGAAACUUAGGUGUCGUCUACGCCGGCCGAUUUAUUGCUGGUCUGGGUGUGGGACAGACUGUCGUUGUUGCACCUGUUUACCUCGCUGAAAUUGCCCCCGCAUCUAUUCGAGGUCUUUGUACUUGCGUCUUCACCGGUUUUGUGUACCUGGGAAUCGUGCUUGCCUAUUUUGCCAAUUACGGCUGCCAGGUCAAUCUGGGCGAUUCGACUCACAAACGAUGGGAGGUACCUACUAGUCUUCAUAUCAUGUUCGCGGGCAUCAUCUUUAUCAUGUCAUUCUUCCAGUAUGAAUCGCCUCGCUAUCUUAUCAAAGAUGGUAAGGAUGAGGUGGCAUGCAAGACUCUUGCCCGUCUGCGCGGUCUUCCGCUUGAUCACGAAUAUGUGGUCUCUGAAAUCUCGGCUAUUCAAAUUGCACUGCAGACAGAAAAGGAGGCAACAAUGGGAGCUGGCUGGCUUGGUAUUCUCAAGGAGAUAUUCCUGGACACAAGUAACUUGUAUCGACUCUAUAUCGCUUGCAUGGGUCAGAUUCUGUCUCAAUGGUCCGGGGCUGGAUCCAUUACCCUCUACGCCCCUGAUCUGUUUGAACUGCUUGGCGUUACUGGCUCCAAUGAGUCGCUGCUAGUUACGGCCGUCUUUGGUAUUGUCAAGCUGGCAGCAGCGAUCAUCUGUGCUCUAUUCCUUGUCGAUGUCAUCGGUCGUAAGCGCGCACUACUCAUCGGCAUCACGCUGCAAGCCAUCUCGAUGAUCUAUAUUGCUGCCUUCCUCACUGCUGUUCCCGAAAUGGGCAUAGUUAAAAAGUUUGUUCUGCCAGAGUCAAAGAAAGGCGCCAGUCGCGGUGCUAUUGCCAUGAUUUUCAUCUCUGGUUUUGGCUGGGCGCUCGGUUGGAACUCGAUGCAAUACUUGCUCACGGCCGAGCUAUUUCCGCUGCGCAUCCGUGCCUUGUCAACUUCAUUGUCUAUGACAUUGCACUUUGCCAAUCAGUACGGUAGUUCACGGGCACUCCCAAACAUGCUGCUGUCAGCUGCCAAUGGCGGCCUCACGCCAAAAGGCACUUUCUGGUUCUUCGCGGCAGUCACUGUCAUUGGUGGUCUCUGGGUAUGGUUCAGCUUGCCGGAGACAGCUGGACGGACACUAGAGAGCAUGGAUCGUCUGUUUCAGCUUCCUUGGUAUAAAAUCGGACUGCAUGGCAAUCAGGAUGCCAAAGAGCGGGAUGAGGUCAUUUCGGAGAAGGAGAGGAUGGCUGAGGAGACGUACACCACUGUCCAGCACGUCGAAGAGAAGACUGCAGACCGCUCCACCCGAGUCUAA